AAGGAGAAGAAGGCGCGCAGAAAGUCGGAGGCUGUCGGCGACGAGAGCGCCAUGUCCGUCGACGUGCCUGAGCCUGCAGUGGCCGCGGUGGAGACGCCUUCGAAGAAGGACAAAAAGGAGAAAAAGGCCAAGAAGGAAAAGGAUGAGGUGGACGACGAUGCGGAUGAAGUUAGCCCCGAAGCUAUCAGCCCCAUUGCUCAACCACUGGCGCAAAAGAAGCUGUCCAAAAAAGUCUUCAAGGCCAUCAAGAAGGCAUCCAAGAACCGGGGCCACGUCAAGCGAGGUGUCAAGGAAGUCGUCAAGGGUCUUCGCAAGGGAGACAAGGGCCUCGUUAUUCUCGCUGGCGACAUCUCGCCCAUGGACAUUCUCUCGCACAUUCCCAUCCUGUGCGAGGACACGGAGAACCCCUACAUCUUUGUUUCGUCUAAGGACGCAUUGGGGCAGGCUUCCAGCACCAAGCGACCAACAUCCGUCGUCAUGAUUGUGCCCGGCGGCAGCAAGCGGCCGGCCGGUCAAAAGGCCGGGGAUGCCUCCAAGGAGGACUAUGCCGAGGAGUACAAGGCCGUCUACGGCGAAGUCCACAGCCUGGGAGAGAAGCUCGUUCUGGGCUCUUAACAUGCUCUGUUCGCUUGUUCUCUUGUGCAUACACACACUUUCUCUCUCGAUAGAUUAUCGAGCGAAUUUCUCGUUGUAUUCUAUAUCGUACACAGCUCUCUCAAUCUGAAAGACCGACGAGUCUCCUGACCUUUUCCAUCGUCGGACCCGCCCUC